AACAGAAUAUAUCGACGAUGAAGCAGAUGACUUGGAAGUAAACUUCACGUUCAUUGUUCGCCUUGUCUAGCUUUUUAAUCGAUAAAUCUGGUUAUGUUUAAAUGGACCAAUUUCGCGAAGGACCUCAGGCUGUGAUAUCGUUUUUAAAUUAUUUACAUAACCAUAAGGUAUGUCCGGAGUAUGAAGAAGAUAUGCAAACGGCUUGCAAAUCGCUCACAAAGCAAAAGAAGAAUUACCAAAUUGCAAAGCGCUCGCACAGAAUGCGCCAGGAAAACUCAACAAGGCGUAUUCUUUGUUAUUCGGAGGAGAAUUAUAUGGUAUGCUUGAUGGUCCUUGGAAUGGAGAAGAAAUGGUAGCGUCAAUGAUAGUUAUUUGGCGCUAAGAGUUGACCGAGUUAAAAAAGAUUCUAGAACCGCUUUGACAUGUGAAAUUAUUGGAGUUGAACCUUUUCAAAAGGAUAUAUCGGAGGCUUCCGCAGAUGAAACCCUUCAAAAUUCUAAUGAAUUACACAACACGCAAGAAACUGAUCUCAAGAAAAUAAAGUUACGUGAAUUCGAUGUGUCUACUGCGGAACCUUUUUAUAACUGUGUAAAUUCAG